AUGCAUCCUCUAACCUUCACCCAGCCCUCUGCCCUAGUGCUCAUAGAUAAUCAAGCAGCCUUCAAACAUCCAACGCAUUGGGGUUCAUCACGCUCCAAUCCAUCUUUUGAGCAGAAUCUCACUUCAUUGCUAGAAGCAUUUCGCACAGCACGCCAGCGUUCCUGGUCUUCCACAGCACCUAUCUAUAUUAUUCACGUCUUUCACUCGUCUCUCUCUCCGGACUCCAAACUCCACUCCAGCAAUACAGAUGGAAUCAAACCAUUGGACUUUGCCGUCCCAGCUGCAGAUGGAUCUGAGCCGGUAUUCUGGAAGAGCGUCAAUUCAUCAUUCAUCGGCACCGGGCUGGAAUCAUUCUUACGAGAACACGGCGUACGACAGGUGUUUUUCGCCGGGUUGACUACCGAUCAUUGCGUCUCAACUACAACGCGAAUGGCUGCAAAUCUGCAUGUAGUCGAUAGAAUUUCCAGUCAAGGAAAGCAGACAGACAAAGUGACGGUCAACCCAGAUGGCUCGCUCCCGGAAGGCGUCAGUAUUGACCAUGGUCGCGUCGUGCUUGUGGCUGAUGCUACCGCUACAUUUGCCAAGGGAGGGUUUGAUGCGGAGACUAUUCACGCUGUUUCAGUUGCGAGUUUGGGUGAAGAGUUUGCGGAUGUCUUUAGUACGAGGGAUGUCGCCCGCGGGGUUACAUAUCAAAACUACGCGUAUAGUUGCAAAUUGAAGACUGAAGCAAUGGCAUCAGCACACGGAAACCUGGGUCAUCUCCUCCCCCUCAACUACAAACGCCUCAUAUCGGAAUGGCUGGAAGAAGACUGUCCCAGUUUCGAUUAUGGUGGAUUUGUAGUUGGUGAAUCCGAGGGGGAAGCUAGACUUUUAGGCAAGAGCGCGGGCGUGGUUGCGGGAGUUCCUUUUUUUAAUGAAGUUUUCUCCCAGUUGGGGUGCUCAGUAGAAUGGCACGUCUCAGAAGGCGAAAGCAUCACCCCCAUCAAACAAUGCGCCACUGUCCGCGGCCCAGUCCGCAAAAUCCUGUUAGGUGAACGAGUAGCGUUGAACAUCCUCGCGCGCUGCUCAGGGAUAGCCACCAAAACAUCCUCCCUGGUCCAAAUCCUGCGCUCCCAUGGCUGGAACGGCACUCUAGCCGGCACCCGCAAAACAACCCCUGGCUUCAGGCUGGUUGAGAAAUACGGCAUUCUCAUUGGCGGUGCAGACCCUCAUAGACACGAUCUGAGCUCUAUGAUUAUGCUCAAGGACAACCACGUCUGGGCCUGUGCCAAUAACGUUAGCAACACCGCUUCUGCUGCUGAAGGUGUAAGCGAAGACGCAAUCGCAGCCGCCAUCCCGGCCGCAGUGCAAGCAGCCAAAUCAGCCGGCGGCUUCUCGACAAAAGUCGAGGUCGAAGUGCGCAGCAUCGAAGAAGCGAAUGCCGCUAUUAGUGCUGGUGCGGAUGUAAUCAUGCUCGACAAUUUCACAGCCGACGAAGUCAAGAAGGCUGCUGCGCAGCUCAAGACUGAAUGGGCGGAGAAGGGAAAACCGAGGGGCACGUUUUUGGUUGAGGUUAGUGGUGGUUUAACGCCUGAUAAUGCAGCCGGGUUUGUGUGUGAGGAUGUGGACAUUUUGUCGACGAGUUCGAUCCAUCAGGGUACUGGGAUUGUGGACUUUUCGUUGAAGGUUUCGUUGCGAUGA